AUGAUUCUGAGGAAAGUAUGGGGAUCGGUGUGGAACCGAUCGAGUAGCGGCAAAGAAUCGGUGACGAGUCAUCGGACGAUUCAGGUUCCUCUGUCGUCUUCGUCUUCUCUAGGUGCCUUCGAUCAAUUACCGAUGGAUAUACUAGUUCAGAUACUGAUGAUGGUGGAGCCAAGAGAUGCUGUGAAAUUGGGAUUAACGUGCAAAGCCUGGAAAUGUUUGGCUGGUGGUAAUCGUCUCUGGAUAUUCUAUCUCCAGUGUUCUCAAGAGCCAUGGGACUCCAUUUUCUUCGCCGAAACAAGUUUGCGUUCCGGUUAUCCUCUCCGAAUGCUCUCUAGUCAAUCAGGGGAAUUGUCCUUCAUGCGCAUUUAUGGUCAGAGAGCACAAGUUCCUGGUUCUGUAAUCAUUGAUGGUGGUUCUGGAUAUUGCAAGUUUGGGUGGAGUAAGUAUGCUUCACCUUCUGGACGUUCUGCAACUUUUCUGGAAUUUGGCAACAUCGAGUCACCAAUAUACGCUAGACUUCAACAGUUCUUUGCAACCAUUUUCACCAGGAUGCAGGUAAAGCCCUCCAUGCAGCCAAUAGUGGUGUCACUGCCCCUCUGCCAUUUUGAUGAUACUGAAUCGGCCAAGGCAUCAAGGCGGCAACUUAAGACUGCUAUCCUUAAUGUCUUGUUUGACAUGAAUGUUCCUGCAGUGUGUGCAGUUAAUCAGGCUAUUUUGGCUCUAUAUACUGCACGACGGACAUCUGGAAUUGUUGUUAACAUUGGCUUCCAAGUCAUAACCAUUCUUCCAAUUUUGCAUGGCAGGGUGAUGCGCCAGGUAGGUGUAGAAGUCAUUGGUUUUGGAGCAUUGAAACUCACUGGCUUCCUUAAGGAGAAGAUGCAAGAGAACAACAUUGCCUUUCAAUCACUCUACACUGUUCGUACUCUAAAGGAGAACCUGUGUUAUGUGGCUCUCGACUAUAAAGCUGAACUUUCAAGAGACACACGAGCUUCAAUGGAAGUUGCAGGUGAAGGAUGGUUUACUCUGUCCAAGGAGCGUUUCCAAACAGGGGAAAUAUUAUUCCAACCACGUCUUGCUGGGAUGCGUGCAAUGAGUUUGCAGCAGGCAGUCGCGCUCUGUAUGGACCACUGUGAUGCAGCGGGACUUACAGGUGAUGAUAGCUGGUUUAAGACCGUAGUACUAACUGGAGGAGGCGCGUGUUUGCCAGGACUUGCAGAAAGGCUAGAGAUAGAACUCCAAGACCACCUUUCUUCAUCUAUUUGCAAUGGAGUCAGAGUAAUCCCUCCUCCUUGUGGCGUGGACACAGCAUGGCAUGGGGCGAAGCUUAUCAGUAACUUAAGCACCUUUCCUGGUCCUUGGUGUAUCACAAAGAAGCAGUUCCGUCGCAAGCCUAGACUAAAUCUCUGGUGA